UUGAGUUAUCAUUUGAAGCCAAAAAAGCAAAAAACAGUGAGACAAUAUGGAAGUCUGCAAUUACAGCAAGCAGCAGAAGCUGUGGCUGUUGUCAAAAAUGGUUGUUUGUUGUGUAAUUUGUGCAGAGUCGGUGCGUCACGGGCUAACGCCGCCGAGCACUACGAAGCUGACGGAGCUCUUCCCACGACAUGGGUAUGAGGACAAGUUCUUAGAUUUUUAUGGGGGGAAGAAUGUGCAGAAGGUGAAUAAUGGCUCUGCUGUAAAUCUCCUGCUUGAUAAGUCUUCAGGGUCGGGUUAUAGGUCGAAGGAUGUAUAUUAUCAUGGUUUUUUCAGUGCUGCCAUCAAGCUUCCUUCUGGUUUCACGGCUGGAGUUGUGGUGGCCUUUUAUAUGUCAAACAACCAAGUAUUCAGUAAAAACCACGACGAGAUAGACUUCGAGCUGCUCGGACAUGAGAAGCAGAAGCAAUGGGUGCUCCAAACCAACAUCUACGCCAAUGGCAGCGUUAGCACCGGCCGUGAGGAGAAGUUCUAUCUCUGGUUUGAUCCUACUGAAGAUUUCCACCAGUACAGCAUCUUGUGGAAUGACCAUCACAUCGUGUUUCUGGUUGAUAAUAUUCCAGUGAGAGAAGUGAUCCACAACGAAGCCAUGAGCGCCUAUCCAUCAAAGCCAAUGUCUCUCUAUUCGACCAUAUGGGAUGGAUCAGAUUGGGCAACACAUGGAGGCAAUAAGCCAAUCAACUACAACUAUGCUCCAUUUGUGGCGUCGUUCAAGGAGUUUGAGCUAGAGGGUUCUGUGUCGAACCGAACCCAACCUGAUACGCGUAUUUAUCCAAUAGAUGGUCAGCCGUUUGCCAAGUUGUCUCAGGACCAACAAUCGGGUUUGGGAUGGGCGAGGAGUCAGUUUAUGUUCUAUUCAUAUUGUAAUGAUUCGAAGAGGUUUCAUGUGAUGCCUCCUGAGUGCAAUGUGAGAAGAUGAAAUUGGGGGGACAAUAAAAUGAGAUUAAGUUC